GUCCGGACCUCCUGAGACCGAAUAUCCGUUUAGAUGACGUCCAGGUGAAUGUUCAGACGGUUAUGAUGAUGACAAGAUCGACUAGUUUGAGUCAAUUGGGAUGAAACUCUAGGUUGAUCGUGGGACUUUUAACUAUCUUCAUACUUCCAGGCAGAAGAGGCAGCAUGAACAUUAAUGGUUCCGCCCUCCGUACUAUCUCCAUACUUCACCCUCUGCUCUAAUCCCACCAGCAGCAAACAGGGAUCCAAACACGAAGAAGAUCCUACCUCCUCUUCCGACGAUGAUGAUCCUUCCUCAUCUUCGUCAUCGGAAAUAUCCUCUGGGUCCUCUGAAAAAUCAGUAGGGGAGCGGGUUUUUGCCUCUUCGCUGUCAGAAAACGAGCCUCCAGAUACGUCUGACGGUGGUCAACAGGA